CAGCAGCUGGUUUUCGGCAUACAUUUCAGAAUUAAUUUACCAAAAUCUAUUGGGUAAACACUUUUGGGGAAUGCUCUGACAUGUCAUCAGUUUUAAUCCAGAAUUUAGCCGGUUUGGAUGAGAGUUGAGAGAAGCUCCAGAAAUGUUUCUAUAUUUGAUCAUUAUCGUUUGUACGGCAAUCGUCCUGUAUUUUAAAUGGUGUUAUAGCUAUUGGCAUAAUCGCGGUUUUCCCUAUGUGAAAGCCAAAACUCCCUAUGGGGCUUUGGAUUCGGUUAUUAGAACAUGGAAACAGUCAGUGGGCAUAGCCAUGUACGAUAUAUAUGCUGCCACACCUCAACACAAGAUGGUGGGAAUUUAUCUAUUGAAUCGCCCAGCGUUGAUGGUACGCGAUGCUCACUUGGCACGCAAUAUAUUGACCAGAGAUUUCAAUAGUUUCCAUGAUCGUGGUAUUUAUGUAGAUGAAAUACAUGAUCCCAUGUCGGGUGGUCUGUACUUUCUAAAGGGUCAACAAUGGAAAUCGAUGCGCUCCAAGCUGGCUCCAUCAUUUACCUCGGGCAAACUGAGAGGCAUGUUUGGCCUAAUCGAUGAGGUCUCACAUCGCAUGGUGGAUUAUAUGAAAACUACGUUACCCGAGGAUGGCACUUACAAAACUGUGGAGGCUAAGCAUGUGUUUGUAACCUAUGGCAUUGACAUUAUUGCCUCCUCGAUUUUUGGUCUGGAUGUGAAUAGCUUUAAGGAUAAUCAAAAUGAAUUUUUUGCCCUCAGUAAAAACGUCAAUGAGAAUUCAUAUCGUGGAAAACUAAGAAUAACAUGCCAAUAUAUGUAUCCCAGCCUAGAGAAGUUCUUUCAACGUUUGGGUUGGAGAGAACCAGCUCCAGAAUAUAUGAAGAAACUUGUGAGGCGAACCAUAGAACAUCGUGACAAGCAUAACAUAGUGCGCAAAGAUAUGCUGCAAUUGUUACUGCAAUUGCGAAACACAGGCAAAAUCAAUGAUGACAAUGACCUCGAGUGGGCAGCUAAAAAAACUAAAGAUGACUUGGCUGCCAUUUCCAUGGAACUUAUAGCAGCUCAAUUGUUCAUAUUUUAUGUGGCUGGCUUUGAAACUUCAUCUGCCACUAUAGCCUUUACUCUCUAUGAAUUGUCUCAAUACCCCGAGCUAUUGCAGAAAGCCCAAGAAGAUGUUAAACAGGCAUAUGAGAAACAUGGUUCUCUGUCCUAUGACGCCAUUACGGACAUGAAAUUUUUAGAUUUAUGUUUUAUGGAAACUGCCCGCAAAUAUCCGGGUCUACCUGUAUUGAAUCGUGAAUGCACUGAGGAUUAUACCAUACCAGAUACAGAUUUGGUCAUUAAGAAGGGUACACCCAUAAUAAUUUCCCUAUUUGGUAUUCAUCGUGAUGAAAAAUAUUUCCCUAAUGCUUUGGGCUAUGAUCCGGAACGUUAUCUAAACAAAAAUUAUGAGGAAGCUGCAUUUAUGCCAUUUGGAGAGGGUCCCAGGCAUUGUAUAGCUCAGCGCAUGGGACGUUUGAUUGUCAAAGUGGCUUUAGCUCAUGUUUUGACUAAUUUCAAUAUAAAAAUUAAUGAAAAUCCUGUGGAAAUUGAAUUUGAUAAUUUCGGUAUACCCAUCAUGCCAAAAGGUGGAGUCCCACUGCUGUUGUCCAGGAAAACCGAGACCAUGAAAAUAUAGAUAUCAAACAAAAGUAGUGGUUAA